AUGUCCGGAAACAAUUACUCCCUCCAUUCCAUUGCUGCUGCAUAUGCCUUAGGGCUUGCCCCCCAUGGCUACUAUUUCGUUAAGAUGAUGGCCAACGCAAAGGGCCAGGCGAGCAAUAUCCUACCACGGGAGAACUUAACAAAUCUGAAGGGUCGCAUCCCAGGCCAUGUAUGGGACAAACUAGCUAGGGCACGUGGAGCGCAUUUGAAUGCUAUGGAGGGUUUGCCUGUAUUUGCUGCCGCAAUGCUCGCAGGAAAUUUGGCAAAACUCCCUUCCAGUGAAUUGAAUACACUUGCCUUGGAGUAUGUCGGUGCUCGGCUCCUGUAUACUGCUGUCUACCUUGGAGUUCGAUCGGAAGCAGCAAGCUACUUGCGCACUGGUGUGUGGGCAUGGAGUAUCUCAAUCCCAAUAUGGGGUCUGAUUAAGGCGGGGAAGAUGUUGAAUACGUCUGAUUAA